AUGGCGGAGCAAGAGUUCAAGGUCCUUCCCGGUGUUCGGCGGUGUGCAAGCACCGGUCAGCUGAUCAACGGCAAGCAAGUAAUUCGUCCCCUCCGUUUCUUCGUGAGUGAUGCGGCUAUGAAAAUCGUGACUGCCCUCCGCUCCAUAGUGGAGUCUCGCUUGCAGGAGCUGAGGAAAGACAAGGAAACCCGACUGGUCGACAUCUUCGACACGAAGAUUUCCCAAGAUGACGUGGUUCUGUCAAAGAAAAACAUGGAAGUCAUGAAAUCCUAUGCAGCCAAGCUCUUCCAGGGUGUGGAGGAGCGGAAGCAGCUCAUCUCGGCGAAAGAGCACAGGGCGGCGGUGCUCUACUUGUCUUGCUGCUACGGCCUCCAGAAGGUCGAGAAGGGUGCCAACGAUGAGAUGGCAGUCCUGAAGGGCAUCUACAUCUACCUGGCGGUGAAUGGCCGCUCCCUUCCGCAGAAGCCACUUCGAAAAUCAUCAGAAUCGAGUCUGAGCUCACAUGCAUCAUCAGAGGUGCUUGCAUAA